CGAGCGAGCGAACGGCGGGCGGCAACGUCGGGCCAAACAGCCAGCGUUCUGUCAAACCAUCUGACGUGGUCUCGCGGUCACUCUCAGAAUAGAUCGGUGAUACACCGAGCACGUCGCACAGCCAUUGAGAACCCUGCAGGAACGGAGGCGAUGUGUAUGACCAAGUGCUGAGCACCUGCCGCCAGUCAUUCUUCACGAAGAACAUCGACAGAUCCAUCUCCUGGCGAAUAGUCGACAACUUUCCGCUCCCCGUCUCGGCAUGGCCUCCUCUCCACUCAAGCCAAGCAAAUGUACCUUUCUCGACCUGCCCGUCGAGCUGCGUCUUGAAAUCUACGCCCAUGCAAUCUUGAACUGCCGCCACAUAACCAUCGGCACAGCGAAGAUUGUGGGAGCGCCAGCUGACAUAGUGCAUCGACUCUAUGCUCUCGGUCGCUCGCCCUACCCCGGCAUCCCGCGAAAUCAUGAGCCCGUCGUGGACACGCAAUAUGCACCUGCAUUACUCUCGGCAGUAGCAGACACAACUGUCGAUGCAACUGUCGAGCCGCCAGAAUCCGCCUUCCCCAACACCCGGACCUCCUUCCACGCCCUUUCCUGGAUCAACAAGCAAAUCAAGAACGAGAUCCACCGGCACUUCUCCAUCCCCACUCAAAGGGGUACGUCGCUGUGGGUCCAAUAUCCCUCCGGACUACACAUCUUGCACACCACCACUCCCCAGCUGCUGCGGCAAUCCCGGAGUGUGCAUCUGGCAGGAUCCUACACUCCACGACACUACUGUCCCUCUCGAGUGGCACGUCUAGGCACUAGACAUGCCCUGCCACAAGAGCCAUUGCAAGGCAAACUCGUGCCAGACUCCGAGAAGCAGCUAGAGCAGCUGGUCAGGUCGUGUCUUGGACGGGACCUUCAGCACUCUGUCGACCUUAUCGAGAUGCGUAUUUACUAUCCUGGGGAGAACUCCUAUAGCACCGUGUGGGGUGAUGACGAGUCGCCUGUCGUCGUCGCGUUGAGGAACAUUGACCGGGGCGAGAUCGACAUUGAGGUAUGGCGAGGUCAGCAAGGAACAGGUGUACGCCUUUGUGCCAAACGUUCCCCGGAAGAAGACAAGAAACGCGUUGUCAGUACCGUCUGGCGGAAGCUCGAGGAAGGCGGUCGGGGCCAACCAGAGACCGGUAGCUGGAUCGUAGACGAGCGCUGGCCGGAGUGGGUACCGAUGGACGAUAUUGCCAAGGUGGCAGACGUAAUCGCGUCAACCCACACGUCAACAGACGCAUAAGUGCUCUCGACACGACGCCAACAUAAUCCAGACUCGAGCCAGAGCGAUUGGCCCCGUCCUUUGAAUGCCGGAGCCCGCACUGAAGUCACAUGUUGCAUAGUCAGAAAGUCACAUGGAGUCCAGGGCAUUUGUGUUCUUUGGAGAACCGAGCAUGUUCCCUUGGCAUAUGCAAUACCAUCAAUGCUCAAACAGCUGCAAUGCACUUCUCGCGAUCUCUCAUUGUUCCUCGUACAGGCUGACAACCAGGGCGAAUGGUACGGUAGUCUCGAUGUCGGUCGGCGGCCUCCCUCG